AUGCCGGUGCGCGACACAUCAGAAGCGCACCGCGCCAUCGAGCUGCUAGAAGAUUAUCAUGCGCAGCUCAGCCAUAUUCAGGAUGAAGAACUCCGUCGGCAAAUUGUCAGAAUCAUCUCAGCUUUCAAAAGAGAAUUGUUCCAAACUCUAUUAGAUGUUCAAGAGUUCUAUGAAGAAACUUUGCUCAAUGAGCGCAAAAGCAGUACUCAAAAAGUUGUCGAAGCCAGAAAGAUGGCUGACAGAUGGGAUUCAACUCCUCCUUUCGGACUUCAUCAUAGCACAACUGCUACUGCUGCGCCAUUGGCAAGUGAGGAUAGAGGAUUCUCAUAUUUGGACAACUCUAUGGGAAAUGCCCCAGCCAACACUUCCUAUUCUUCCAAUCAUGUUGUUCAUGAGAGAUCUCGCCACCUUGUCGAUGGAACAUGGCAAACUUCCGAAACAACUGUUCGCACCAUGGAAGGAUCAAAUGGUGGAGUUCAACGGCAUACCAUCUCGCACAGUGGUAUAAUCGAUGAAUUCGGAAGACAGUGGGAGAUUGAAGACAUAGUCUUGGAGAAAGGAAACACCGGGCUUGGUUUCUCGAUCACUGGAGGAUCUGACCAACCAACUGAGAAUGGAGAAACUUCCAUUUAUGUAACCAACAUAAUUCCUGGUGGAGCAGCUGCUGCUGAUGGACGCAUGCAAAAGAACGACAUCAUCUUGAAAGUCAACAAUACGGAUUGUGUGAAUGUUGUUCAUGAAGUGCCUGUAAAUGCACUGAAAACAGCAGGAAACGUUGUUAAGCUGUCAUUGAAACGUUUGCGUGAUGGUGGAGUAGCCAUCCCUAUCUCUAAUCUUGGGGGACUUAAUAACAACUUACAUCACUCAACCCAUAGCUUGAACAGAUUAGGAGCAACUGGUCCUACUUACCCCCCUCCACCACCUCCCGCUCACAGUGGAUCACUUCAUGGCUCUCAGCCAAACCUUAACUACAGAUCUACCGACAUUCGUCGUAUGGAAGAUCGACCAGGCGCACAAUGGAUAAAUCUCCAUAAAGGCGAAAAGGGACUAGGAUUUUCUAUUGCCGGAGGAGUAGGAAAUGAACAUGUACUUACCGACACAGACAUCUAUGUGACCAAAAUCAUCCCUGGUGGAGCAGCUGAACAUGAUGGUCGUCUUCGUAUAAAUGAGAAAAUCUUGGCUGUAGAUGAUAUAGCAUUUGAUAAUGUUACUCAUGAUUUUGCCGUUAAUGUGCUCAAGAAUACAGGAGCCUAUGUAACGAUUUUGAAGUGCCCUAGUGAUCUUAGUCGAUCUUUCGCACCAGUCACUCCACAGAGAGCUAGUUCAGUACAGGAUUUCAACAACAGAUCCUUCGACUCUCAAUCUGUUCAUGCUUAUGGACAGCAGCAACAGCAGCAGCAACAGCAACAUCAACAGCCUAACCAAACUACUAUUAGUAUUGACCCUCGUUAUGUUAACCUUCACAAGGGCGGCCAAGGACUUGGGUUCAAUAUUGUUGGAGGAGAAGAUGGAGAGCCAAUCUACAUCAGUUACGUUUUACCUGGCGGUGUUGCUGAUCUCAGUGGAAACGUGAGAAAAGGAGAUGUUCUUCUGGAAGUUAAUCGUCAAUCCCUCCGAAAUGCAACUCACUCAAUCGCUGCUGAAACUUUGAAGAAUGCUCAGAACCCAGUUACUUUAACACUUCAAUAUCGUCCACACGAUUAUCAACAAUUUCAAUCUAGAGUAGAGCGUCUAAGAAACGAUAUGAUCCAACAACAGAAUAGUACAGGAAACCUUCAAAGAGAUAUUUACGUGAAAGCUUUGUUCGAUCAUGAUCCAUCUCGGGAAGUAGGUGUACCUCAUCGCUCAAUGCCAUUCCAAUAUGGUGAUAUUCUUCAUAUCAUUAACAACCCAGAUGAUGAAUGGUGGACAGCACGAAAAAUUUUCGAAAAUGGAGAGGAAGGGCCUGAAGGCGUGAUCCCCUCUAAGAAAAGAGUGGAGAAGAGAGAAAGAACUCGCAGAAAGCAGGUUAACUUCAAUGCUGGAUCCAUGUCUUUGGGACGUAACAGUACUGGAUUGGAGAACCGUAGAGGAAGCAAGAGUCAACUCUCGUUCUCUCGCAAGUUCCCAUUCGUUAAGAGUACAGAUAGAUUGAACGAGUUCACCGAUCAAGAACUCGGAGUGUCAGAUGAACCAAUCUUCUCCUAUCAAGUUGUGGAACAACAACAACUUGGAUAUGUCCGUCCUGUGAUUGUUCUCGGAGCUUUGAAAGAUAGAAUCAACGAUGAGCUAGUAACAAGAUAUCCUGAUAAAUUCUCAAGCUGUGUUCCUCAUACCUCUCGUGAUGCCAGACCAAAUGAAAUUGAUGGAAGAGAUUAUCACUUUGUGUCUAAAGCUCAAAUGGAUGAUGAUGUUAGGAAGAAUUUGUUCAUCGAAGCUGGACAGUUCCAAAACAACUUGUACGGAACUAGCAUUCAAAGUGUGAAGGAAGUAGCCUUGCAGGGAAGACAUUGCAUCUUAGAUGUCUCUGGCAAUGCGAUUCGAAGACUCCAAUCUGUUGCUAAUAUCCAUCCUAUCGCUAUCUUCAUUAAGCCUCAAUCUCAUCAUCAAAUCAGAGAUUGGGAGCCUAACAUGUCCGACGACGAGGCUCAACAAAUCUAUCAAAGAUGCCAACGAAUCGAGCAAGCUUUCGGAGACUUAUUCACUGAUGUCAUCUCGAGUGUUCAUUCUGCUGAUGAAGUACUCAACAGAGUUCAUCAUAUUAUCCAAAACCAAUCUCGUCCAGCCAUCUGGGUGGCAAACCCUACCAAGACUCUUUAA